AUGGCAACACCCUCCGAACAAUCAUCGGCACCAGCCAACGCUGCUCCGCCUACAGACACUGCGACGGCGCCCGCCGAGUCCACUCUCCCGACAAAUACCGCAGCUGAUCCUACAUCCACCUCGCCUCUGCAAUCCGCAGGCUCAGUCGCAUCUGCCUCCAUGCUCCCUCGCAGCACCGCACUAGCAUCCACCGGCUCAGCAGCCAGCUCGGCCGCGCCCGGCUCAGGUUCCGCCACUCCCACCCCGCGUACACCCAACACCCAGGCCGCCGUGUCGCCACGUCGCGCCUCGUCGAGCUUGGCCCACAACUCUUCGAGCGUCGUCGCCUCUCGCGAGCCUACCGCCUCGGCACGUCGCAUCCGACAGCACACAUUCAGCUCUACAGCUUCCGCAAUGGCCUCCACCGACGGCUCCAACGUCAUCCCGUCCAUGUUUGGCCACCCCUUCCGCGCCGAUAGCCCCGCUGGCUUCGUCGGUCCGCGCCCAUCCCACACCACCCGCAUCCAGCCUGCCUGGGUCCGCCCCGCAAGAUCGCAACCCUCAAACCCUCGCGACACUACCGCACCAAACUCGAGCCCAAACGCCACCCACCUCAGCUGGUACUCGACGCCCAUCCAUUCGCACCCGCAUCAGCCCCAACCCUCCGCAUCCACCGCCAACCCAUCCCAUCGCCAACCACACUCUCACCACGACCCACCGGCUGCUCAGCACCGUGCCGCGCCAGCUUUCGUUCCAGACACGCAGCCGACGUUUGAAGAGACAACUACGAUCUCGUUCACCUGGACCAUCCGCGACCUGCACCUGCUGCGCGAAGAGGUCGAGCACUCGCCGCCCGCUUCCGAAGGCGGUCGCUCCGUCAGUGCAGGUGCGGGCAAGAGCGACAUCUGGACCAACCCGCCCGUAUUCGGCGAUGGAAAGUGGAAGCUCGAGCUGGUGCGCACCACUCGCAGCCUCGCCUCCCCCAGCCACGAAUCGCCACACACACCGCACCACGCCCGUCCAUCCGCCUCGGUCGACAGCACAGACGCGACGUCUUCGCCCACCACCGCCUCGGCGAGCAUCACCAUCCUCUCCGUCUACCUGACCGCGCUCGUGCUCGACUACACGCACGCCAACGUCGAGAUCCCCGCGUGCAUCAUGCUCGGUCUGAGGCCCGUGCGUGCUCCCGUCGGCCGGCGUGAAGACGGCGGCUGGCUGUGGCGUCGCUUCUACGACUAUACCUUCCACAAGGACGCCGACCUGUUCACCUGCCACCACCUCCCCAGCGUCUCGCAGAUGCUCCAGGACGACCAGGUGGCGCGACAGGAUGCGAUUGCGCUCACCAUUCAGCUCGGGCUCGGGCCGGGACAUGUGCGCGAGUUGGAAGGGCUGCUUGGGCACGGCGCCGUCGCGAGGGUGCCGGUGGAGGUCGAGGGACAUCAUCUCGUGCCGAGGGCGAUGCUGACCUCGCUGCACGGAUUGCUGGACGAUGCCAACACGGGCGAUGUGCGCAUCAUCGUGCGCGAGAGAGGCAUUCGACUGCCACAGCCCGACAAGGAUGCAGCCGCCUCGGACGACGAGGAGACCAGCUCGGCUCGGUCCGCUCGUAUCGUGCCGUUCCCCAUUGGGUCGGCGCAUCCGGCUCAGGCUCAGGGGGAGGCAGAAGGGGAAGAGCAGACGUACGUGCGCGACCGCGUGCUGUGGGCGCACGCCAGCGUGCUGCGGAGCCGGAGCGACUACUUUGGCACGAUGCUCGGCUCGGAGUUCAGCGAGGGGAUCGACCACGUCUACGGCUCGGGCGCGCGGAGGGUGAGGACGCUGCGCAUUCCGGAUGCCGACUUUGCCACCGCAUACUGGUUCCUGCGAUACCUGUAUACGGACGAGGUGGAGUUUGCGCCCAACGAAGACGUGCGCAGUGCGGUGCUGGAUGACGAGUGGGCCAAGCCUGGCCAACAUGCGGAAGGCGCGCAGGGCGCGGGGGAGGAGGAUGUACUGGCGGAUUGGACGCCCGUGUCGCAGCUCGACCAAGAAGCGUUUGGGAUCGAGGUGGGGCAUGGACGGGAAGUGUCUGGCUCUUUUGUGCAUUCGGUGGGCACGUCCGGGUCGGUUCGACGUCGCACCCACUCUCAAGCCACCUCACCCGUGGACGAGGGGGAGGGAUGGGAUGUGCAUCCGCAUCCGUCUUGUGCACCGGGGGCAGCGUCGGCACUGGCGGUGUUCAGGCUGGCGCAUCGGUACGAGUUGCACUCGCUCUCGCGUCUAGCAGCGGUGCAUUUGGUCGACACACUCACCCCACACUCGGCGUUUCCAACCCUGCUGGCGACGAGCAUGUACGCCGAGCUGCAUGCGCGCAUCAAGGCCUACGUCUACACGCACUGGCACCACGUCGCCGCCACACACGAGUUCCAGACGUGCUGCGACGAGGUGUGUACCGGCGUCUGGGGUGCGCGUGCCGGUAAGACCAUCAGCGCCUUUGUAGCCAGUCUCGUCUCACCCCUCGUUCAGCGCGUCUAA